GAGUUAAUAGUAUUUGGCAUGACAGGGAGAGAGAGCGGGGAGCGCAGUGCCGUGCCUGAAUGCAGUCUCAUCCUGUUUAGUAUUCACUGUGCGCAGCGCCUGGAGGCCCCGGAGGGCUCACCUGCCCGGAGUCUAGACGCACUCUCAGUACAGAUCAGACAGCGGGGAUCGAACCGCCGGCCCGGUAGGCUUCACGUCCGUGCGGUGUCGGGCAUCGGAGGAGAAUUGGUUCCAGCACCAAAGACACGCCGACCCUGUGGUGCUGGGCAGAGCGUUAUGGCUCAGACGCUGCAGAUGGCGAUCCCUAACUUUGGCAACAAUGUCCUGGAGUGUCUGAACGAGCAGCGGCUGCAGGGCCUCUACUGUGACGUCUCCGUGGUCGUCAAGGGACAUGCCUUCAAGGCCCACCGCGCAGUGCUGGCAGCCAGCAGCUCCUACUUCCGGGACCUGUUCAACGCUGGGGGGAAGAGCUCGGUGGUGGAGCUACCGGCCGUGCAGCCGCAGAGCUUCCAGCAGAUCCUGGCCUUCUGCUACACGGGGCGCCUCAGCAUGAAUGUGGGAGACCAGUUUCUGCUCAUGUACACCGCCGGCUUCCUCCAGAUCCAACAGAUCAUGGAGAAAGGCACCGAGUUUUUCCUCAAGGUCUCCUCUCCAAGCUGUGACUCCCAGGGUCUCCACACCGAGGAGACCCCAUCCUCUGAGCCUCAGAGCCCCGUCACUCAAACAGUGGGAGUGGGCGGAGUUGGCAUCGGUGCUGCCACUGUAGGGAGGCCCGCCUCCUGCCUGACACCCCUUCCCCUCGUGUCCAAGGUGAAGACUGAACAGACAGCCACGACACCUCAGCCAGCUCCACAGCCACAGCAGCCGGAGGGCUCUCCCUACUCUGUGGUGUGCACCCCUGUGGCCAAGCGGCUAUGGGAGGGGGGUAACCGUGAUGGGGAGGGGGUCAGGAGGGGGCGGGGCGGCGGGAUGAGGAAGGCUGCACGCUACUCUUCCUCCUCCUCUUCCUCGUCCUCUUCCAAUACAAUAACCCAGGACGCCUCUGGCCGCGGACCUGCCGCUAAUGCCUCUCUGGUGGGCAGCGGAGGCAGCGCUUUAGUGGGAGGAGCUGUGCUCAACAGUAACCACAACAAUAACAACAACAACGGCGGGACCCCAGAGGGCACGAGCCCGGGCACCCUGAGCAUGUACACCAGCGACUCGCCCAUCAGUUACCACGACGAUGAGGAGGAGGAUGAUAUAGCAGAUGAGACUGAAGAGCAGUACAGACAGAUCUGCAACAUGUACACCAUGUACAGCAUGCUGAACGCCGGAGCAGCAGUUGUCGGGGAGCGGGUGGAGGCUCUGCCAGAUUUGGCCCCAGACUCAGGUGGCGGGCGGGGGGCAGAGGGGCGGUCCCGGCAGGAACUGGCAUCGCUGCCCGCCGAGCUCAUCAGCCAGAUCGGAAACCGCUGCCACCCAAAGCUGUAUGAGGAAGGAGACCCGGCUGAGAAGCUGGAACUGGUGAGCGGCACCUCUGUGUUCAUCUCCCGCGCCCAGCUCAUGAACUGCCACGUCAGCGCCGGCACCCGCCACAAAGUGCUGCUCAGACGCCUACUGGCGGCGUUCUUCGACAGGAGCACUCUGGCUAACAGCUGUGGAACCGGCAUCCGCUCCUCAACCAACGAUCCCAGUCGUAAACCUCUGGACAACAGAGUGCUGCACGCUGUCAAAUUCUACUGCCAGAAUUUCGCACCGAGCUUCAAGGAGAGCGAAAUGAACGCCAUCGCUGCCGACAUGUGCACCAACGCCCGCCGCGUCGUCCGCAAGAGCUGGAUCCCCAAACUGAAACUGCUGAUGGCUGACAGCGACGCCUACUCCGCUUUCCUGGCCGACAGCGUAAAGAUGGAGGCCGACGCGUUGGGGACGGAGCAAGGUUUCGACCCUGCCUCACUGGAAGCCGUAGCUGCAGCGGCAGCAGCCAACAACAACAGCGAAGCGGGAAGCGGAGCCACGCCGGCAGACGGCCUGCAGGGGGCGGGGGGAGAUAGCAGCACUUUGUUUUGAGUGAGUGAACGGACAGAUAGAUAGAAUGGACAGAUUGAUGGAAGGAGGGGUGGAAUAUCUCUGGGGUGAUGAGAACAGAACGAUGGCCACUGUGGUCUUGAUGACAGUAAUCACUCCUCCCCUAGCCCGCUAUAUGUUCGGGGAUCUGUUUCUUCAGUUUGUUCUGCUUGCCUUCCUUUGUUUGUCCACGUUUCUGUCUCUCUCCACAGCUCAGAAUGAAUCUCUGCAGUUUGUUCUUGAAUGCUCUUGUGGAGAGAGAUGGAAAACUAUGGUGAAAGGUAGCAGAAGGAGGUUCGCUCCCCCCCAGUUCCUCAUCCUUCUGCAACCUUUAGAAACCUGAUUGUUUCAGCCUUUAAUUUUUAUGUUUUUAAGAGUGUGUACUGUCACUAAAAACCUUUUCUUACCAUAAUCGAUCACAGACAUUCCCUAGGGGAAGGGGGGCGGGGAGGGGUAAUCCAGUUUGGAGAAGGCGACGGCUCCUUCUCCAAACUUCGGUAACACUGUUGUUUUUGAUAUUGAAUGUAUGCGUGGCGAAGCAUUCGAAACGCAGCUGAGUGAGGUUGCGCCGAGCCCUUUUUGUUUUGUUGUUUUGGUUUGCUUUGUUUCAUCUGCCAGAUGAAAGCUUCUCUGAGAGUAUGGGCUCGGUGAGGUCAGGGGUUGAAAUGAAUAUUAAUAUGUAUAUUGGCACAGUUUAUGAUCUCCUCGACCUCAGCCUGCUCUUUAACCCCAGCUGGCCAUGCUGGGAAGCUGACCUACUGGUCUUUAGAGAAAUGCUCUGACUUGGACAGCAGCUUUUCGAUUGGCUAGUGAUAUGUUCAGAUUUGUUAGCGAGUUUAAAGGCUAAUCAAUAACCUUCACCCCCCUCCCAAACCUUCCCCACAUUUUGGCCGUUAAACUCUAAAAAAACAAAAACUAAAAUAUCAGUUUAUUUACUUUUUCUGGUUUUUUUUCUCACCUUUGUGUGUGAUGUUUGCCGAGACUCCUGAAGGAGAGGAAAUUUGUUACCGAUGAUUGUAAAAGAGUUUGCGCGUGAUAAAUGCACUGUGUUAUUUCCUGCGGUAUGAGUACAAUCGAACUAAGUUUUUGUAUGUAUCAGACUGAGAAACAAGUUGGCUUUAUUUAAAAAAAAAGGCAAAAAAAGAGAAAAAUAAGAAAAAGCUAGGAUCCAAUUUCUGAGUUUGUUUAGCCCCCCCCCCCUCCCUUUUUAAAAAAAAAUCCCAACGAAAGUCGAGAAUUGUCUUAAAGCGAGUUUCUGCCUGUGAGCUUAGUGACAAAUUGAGUGUGUGUGUGUGUGUGUGUGUGUGUGUGUGUGUGUGUGUGUGUGUGUGAGGACACAGCAGCGGUGCUCUUUUCAUGUCAGCUCAUGUUUAAAUUGAUUUCUCUGAGAAUAUUAACGGAACGGGCUUCCUCAGGCUCUGCCCGCCUGGAUGUGUGCUCGCCUGGCACGGACAAAGGUGCUAAUUCAGGCGGCGGUACAUGGCGAGCAGCACGGCUCCGUGCGCGUGUAGGUGUGCGUCUGAAUGGCCGCACAGUUUGUGCUGCCGCAGAGAGUGUGAGAGAGAGAGGGAGGCCAGACAGAGCGUUUCACACACGCUUGGGCGAUUCAUUCACCCAUCACUGCAGUGAGCACACAUACAUGCGCUAAUACGCAUUUGGGGGCUGUCAGCUGCAUCAGCUACAGUACACCAGAGCGACGUGGGAAUUAAAGGGGAAUCGCAUCGAAGCGAUACGUUUCAGAUACAUUUUGUGUUUGAAGAGAGUGCAGCAGAUAGAAAAGUGGCUCAAAGUUGUGCGCGUCUGUUUGAAAGUGAAAUUCCUGGCUUUAUAAGUGCUUAUAAUGACAAAAAAAAGGAAAGCUGCUAAAUGAUAGAAAUCAGAGAAAAAUGUUGGCAUAGAAACAACCCUGAAAGUCGUUGCAGUCAUGUUGGCUUUUGGUACUUGUGUGUGUGAAUGGUAGCUUUCAAGAAAAAAAAAAGAACAAGAAGUGCAGAAGUAGAUCUUUUCUUCUUUUAAAAAAACUGGCCUUCAGCUUUGGCAACGCAGCUGAAUACAGUCAUCAAGAAAACCCUGGAAAGGGCUUUCUGCUCUUGUUCAGUGUGAAGUUGAAUGCAGGUCCAGAGGAACUUUUGAUUUAGUCCCACUGGUGCUCUGAUCAUCAAUGCCGUUGUGCUGUCUGAAAUGGAUGUUCAGUCUGUUUUAUAACCAGCUUUUAAUUUCAGUCCUUUAAUCUUGCCUGUUCAAAUCAAAGCAGUGGCAAUCAAUAACAAUGAACUGAUAACUAGAGCCUGACUGAUACAUAUUGAUUGGGCGAUAUUGGCCUCACAGGUGAAUCUGUAUUUCCAUGUAUGUUAUUCCUUAUUGAAUAGUGGUUGGUUGAUGGUUCACUAAGCAGCAGGAGGAGAGAAAUGCGCCUGACUCUCUGAGGGGGAGUUCUUGUAGGUGGUGAAGAUCUGUGAUUGUGAAGUAGCGUUUUUUUGAGUAGGAUUUCUAUUUUUUUUGAGUAAAAAGUCAGUAAAUGGCACUAAAUGUUCCAGCAAAGUCACUAAGUUGGCAGUGAGGUGAACUGCAGUGUGACAGUUGGGGUGCAAUGGAGAGGACUGAGACUGUAUAUACCUGCACAUCCACAAAAAUAUGUGAAAAUCUUAAUCCUGCUAUAACUUGUAAUUGAAUAGUCAGCACAGGCGUGCACUGAUGCUACUCUUUCAGUCUUAAGACUGAAUCAAGACUGAAAUAGUGCUGUGACUGGUGCUGACAAGAGACAGGUAAGGUCAAAUAAUAUUAAUGGAGUGGGCGAUAACCCUGUUACAUUACUCCAAGUGUAAUAAAAGCUUUCUAACAAUUGUUAAAGCAAACCUAAUGAGAGUGACGGAAGAACUUUUUAUUAGAUUCAGUCAAAGUUAAGAGUAGCAGGCUCGAAAUGCCUCCAAACAAAGCAAUUAGGAAUGGAACCAAAUGGAUCAGCCCACGAUCAGACCAGUAUCAAACCUAAACAGCAGAUUAAUUCAUCCCUGAUCUCAGUUUUCAUUGUUCCUCUAAAUCCCAGUGUCAGUCAGGCUUUGCUAAAAUCUUUUGUCACUUUAAAUAUUCCCCCUUUCUUAAUUCCUGUCUUCCUGUGUGCGUUGCUUUCAAUUUUCCACUGUGACAAACACAUCGAAAAUGUGGAUUUUUUGUUUUUUGAGCACACUAAAAACCAAACGGGACACAGGUUUUAUUUCUUUUUCCUAAUCAUACGUGGCCCAUGUUUUUGCGAUAGAAGAAACCUGAAGCACCUUAAUGCUAGUGAAGUGGGCAAGUGGAAACAUUUGAACUGUUUAAUAUCAUUGUCACAGUUUCAUAUUGCUGUUGUGACUCUACCCACCGCCCACGCACACACAGACACACGCUCGCACACGCAAAGCAAAGAGUCUGUAGUCAGACCGUCUCUUAAGUUAAACGCAGAAACAACCCUGUACAAGAUCUUAGUGUGGAACCAAAAAAAGCAACCUCUGGGGCGUGUUGAACGAAACCAGUUUUAUAGAUCAGUGUUAUGAAAAAAAUUUGUCUGCUUUUUAAAACCUGUUUUAUGAGGAAAGAUGUUUACGUGUUUGUUUGUUUUUUUAAUAUACAUAUUUACAUGUAAAUCAAAGGCUAUUAGUCAAAGAACCUUUAGUCCUGAGACAAGCACCUAAAGGCCAAGAGGAGGAAGUGAGGAGGCGCCUUGCCCCACCCUCUGUGAUGGACCACAUGGUACGAUCCACAGAGACUCUACCAAGUUUGAUACCUGGGGACAGAACAAGUGUGAGACAUAAAGAAGGAAAGAAAAAGAGAAAGAGGCUUGGAGAGGGCAUAUAGGAUGGAGGGGGGGAGAUAGGAGACAGUUUGCACUUUUUUUGUUUUGCUUUCUUUUUCCGUGGUUUGGCUCAUUUGCAGUGUUUUGUGUAAAAGCACUGCCUUAAAUGAGGGAAUCAAAAAAAAAUCUGGGAGAGAUGGAGAGGGAAGGAGAGGACAGUCUAAGCCUCCGUAGAGAAGAGGGACGGAUGAAGAGCGGGGGAGGAGGGGGGAGAGGGUGGUGGCUGGGACGCUCGGAUGAUUUGGUGUGAAUGCAUGCAUGCAUACGGCUGUGUAUGUACGUGUGUGUGCCUCAGCGUGUCUGUGUGUGUGUGGUUUGUUGCAGGGUGGGUUGGGGAGCUGUUUGUAAAGGCUUUGUGUGUGUGUGUGUGUGUGUGUGUGUGUGUGUGUGUGUGUGUGUGUAUCUGUGGGCGAACAGAAUGUGUGGGUGUGCUUUUAACGUGUGUGUGUGUGCGCAUAUUAAUGUAUGUAUGCAGUUUUUUCCCUCUCCUCUCGCUUCCCUCUAUCUCCAUUUAUGGCAUGUUAAUGUCUGCCUCCUCACUAGAAAGAGCUUUUGACAGUGGUACUGUGUGUGUGUGUGUGUGUGUGUGUGUGUGUGUGUGUAAUGCGCAUGCCUAUGCCAGGCUGGGUCUGCGUCUCGAUCUAUGUGCUGCAUACGUGUGUGUCUGGCUUCAUGGGGCGACUGCGCAUGUCUGUCACUGUGUGUGGGUGGUUUGGGUGCUCAGCUCUGCAAGGUCUGUAUGUAUGUGUGUGAGUGUGUGUGUGUGUGAGUGUGUGUGUGGGUGGUAUGUGCACAGAGGUUGAGAUGAGUGGCUGUUUGUUUUUGUCUGCCUCCAAGAGCGGCAUACCUUUCUUUUUCCCCGUCUCACACACACACACACACACACACACACACACACACCUGCAGAGUGACAUAUACACAGCACAGAGUCUGUGUAUGUGUAUGAUAUCAAACGUGCAGAUGUAUUGCGGGCACGCUGCGUGUCAUGACUAUAGCUCGACUCUUCCUGGAUAUUUUUUUAAAAACAUAAAAAUCACUUAUAAGUAACACAAAUCUCCAACAAUCAGAUUUUUUUGCAAUGGGGGAUUUUUAAUCUACAAAUUUCCUCCCAGAUAUCCUGUUGCUGCUGCCUUUUAAACAUCCUGUACUCCUGCAUGGGACAGCAGCACAACUGCAGCCAGGACUCUGACACUUCCCACCCCCCUCUCCUCCUCUCCCCCUCUCCCCACCCCUCUCUUCAUCUCUCGAUUGUUUUUUCUCUCGUCUUCUUCCCUCCCUCUUUUCUCCGUGUCCUCGCCUGUCUCUCUGUUUUCCAUUCUCUUUGUUUACAUCUUUCUGUCUCGCCGCCUCUUUAUGUAUACAUUUCUCUCUCUCUCUCUUCUUUGCUGCCGCCCUAGGUCGCUCUCACACACACACACACACUCACACACACACGCACACACACAAAGAGGAAGCAGCUAAAUAGUGUGGGUCCCUUGUUGCUUCAUUACGUGAACCAUCAUUUUCCAUCGACCACUGCUUCAUUUCUGUCUCGACUCCAUUUUCUUCACAGAAUGCAAAUCCCUGCCAAACUCUCCCCUCCUGUAUAUCUGUAUCCACUUCUGUGUGUGGGUCUGUGUGUGUAAAUCUGUGUGUGUGUGUGUGGGUGAGCUGUCUAUAACAACAAGAGAACAGGCUGCCAAAUAUGUUGCUGCAUGUGUGCGUGUGUGCAUACAUAUGAGCUAUUCGAAUGCAAAUCUGAAACUAAUUGGGCGUAGGUACAUUUGACCGGGCACGUCAGUGCUGUGUGUGUGCGUGUGUGUGUGUGUGUGUGCGUGGACGCCAUGGUCCGACUGUCUUCUUUUGUUUUAACCGCACCUUUUAAUAAUCACACUAUUGAUGAGGAAGGUCUAUCUGUCCCCAUAUUCCCUUGGCUGCUGUGGCCAGCCAAUCAGAGUGUCCACAUGAGAGACGCAGCCAAUCAUGAGGUGAAUAUCAACCAGACUGUUGAACCAAGUGACCAAGUGAGAAAUAAUUAUAAUUAUCUAAGACUUGAGCGGUAAGGGGAAGAGGAGGAGGGGGAAGCGGCGGUGGGGCUGCUGUUCUUCUUGAGGAGGAGAUGUUUGUUAAGAAUCUCCCAGGACAGACGAGGCAUUGCGGCAUUCUGCCGUCACACGAGCAAAGCCUCAAUCCAGACAAAGACACAGGAGUGAGAGGAGAGAGGGAGAGAGAGGAGACUAAUGACAGGGAGGAGGAUGUGGUGAUUGUCUCUCCGUGGCCCUGUGCCACCACGAUAAAUACUUAGGUGCUUGUUUGUUUAUGUAGCGUGACAUUUUGCAGAAGGGUGGGGUUGGGGGUUGAAUGAAUAAACGGUAGAUUUGCUUAAAUCUCUUAUAAAGACUUGAUAAGAAGAGCACCCAGUUAGUGGACGCUGACGGGGAUCCAGAUAAAGACGUGAGCUUUCAGCACCUUUUUUUUUUGAACCCCACAAAGUUAAAAUUGCACUAAUUUUUUAAAAUAUUUAAGUAAUACCUUUAAUGUCCAGAAACAGAUUUGGCUGAAUUUUUUUAAAGCACUGCAGUGUGAUAGUGUGACAGUAUGAGGCCAUUUGAGCUUCGUAAUAAGGGGCAGUGUGAGUUUACAGUGUUUCACAGUACACUGAAACACAACUUUAUUUUAUACAUGUGACCUCUUUAAACAAAAUAUCACCUCCAUAUUCAUUGCAUGGCAAACUGUGUGCAAGAACCAGAGCUGAAAUGAUCAAUCGAUCACCAUAGAAUGAAUCAGUUUAUCAGCUGAAUCAUCAGAUUCACUGUGUCCUACUUCUGUUCUGCUUCCAAAUGUAAAUAUUUGCUUGUUUUCAUCCUUUCCUCGGUGAUGCUCGAUUGAAUAUCAUUGGAUGUUUGGACUGUUGGUUGAACGAGGCAGUUUAAAGGGCUCCGGAUGCACCACUGUAUCAAUAUUUGCCUUGCUGACCGCCAUUGGCCCAUCCACAAAUAAGAUGACAUUUCCCGAUGGCACCGGCCAAUCUUUAUCUGUCGUUCCAUCAAUCUUGCACUGGCUAAAUGUUAAAAGUUGAGAUAACAAGCUGAAAGCUUGUAAUGAAGAGUUCUUUGUUUUCCUGACACAAAUUGGAUAUAAACAAAAAAAAAAAGCCAAAUAGUAACAGAGAAGUCAUGUGCCAUGUAAAGGAGCAGCUCUUAUCAUUAGCUAUCUUCCAAAUUGUUUGUAGAAACAUCAAGACUGUCCCAGAAGUGGCAUCAAUAAGGAGAACUCUAGAUGUAGUCCUUGAAUGAUUCAGAAUUCGGAAAAAAGCAAUAAUAUGUGUAAUUAUGUAGCAGAGAGAGGUUUUGUAUCCUUUUCAUAUGAGAACAUCCUACACAGGAUCAUAGGUUGGGAGAUAGUAGUUGCUUUUGUACCUUAGUUUUGGUAACAACGGAUGAUGUACCCCACUUUUUACACGAAUUGCGGGGCCUUCAUCGCUCAUAGAGCUCCAUUUUUAGGGUCUGUUUUUUUAAUGUCCUCCUGGGAAUUAAGUUCUUCCUCAACAUUCGAGGAUCUUUCAGUGAGGAAAAUGUAAUGUGAUUAGUUAGGAUGUAAGUGUACUUUGAGCAGCUGAACAUGCAAAUUCAGGGCCAGCAAAAGUAAAUGGUGGUUAGGCAUGUAAAGAACAGCUCCUUACAUUAGCCUUAAAAAUUGAACAAAACGCAGAGAAGUGAACUGACAGUGAAGUCCAGACUGUAUCGAACCUCUCUGAAACAAAGAAAUCCAACAUGAUGUGAAUACAUAGUCCCUGCUAGCAUUUCCCUUCAACUUGCUGCCAGGCGUCCGCAGAGAAGUGAUAAACUAGAUAGAGCGGGAUUACAGGAAAUGAAAAGACCACAACAGGAGGUGAUUGGAAAUUACCAAGCACUGGCCUGGGUAAUACAUCACUUCAGAGUUUGUAUUAGUGGUGCAAAUGCAACCAGAUCAAAGACUGGUAGGUCUGGUUUGGUCCAAAAGCAGCUACCGAGGCGGCCGUUAGGCUACAGCGUUGUUUUAACACACAGUCUGCAUGUCUUAAUUUUCCACAGAGGCAGGCAGGAGAACAAAGUGCAGGAGUCGUGAUUAGAGGGAAGCUUUUUGAUAGAGUUUCUGCUGUCUGAUGGUGCUUGACCUGGUCAUCUGGAGGUUUGGGUAGUCAGCUGGGUGCACAGAGGCUCGAGUUGGCUUUCAGAACCAGGAUUCUCAAGAUAGAUUCGUAUGGAUGCUCUAAAAUAUACAAGUAAUGGUUGAUAUCAACCCUGUUGACUGGUAACAGCAACUACAGAUAUCAGUGAUCGAUGUUUAUUUGUUGUCAGAUUCAUUUCUGUUGAUAAGAUGUUCAAAAAGACAUUGAAGAGCUGAAAGGCUCUAAAAGAGGGCAGUUAUGUUUUAUAAUGAAGAAAUUUUUGGCACAAAGAUUGAAAUAAUUAAAAAAAAACAUUAACAGUAGGAAAACAAUAUCUGAAUGGGUUAUUGGGUAUCGGUCCAGAACUUCACAGUUGGUGCAUCCCUGUAAAGUUGGCGUACUUCCAGCGAGCACAGCUAAGUGAUAUUUUUAUUCAUAUCUGUUUUAUUUACUCUUCGUUUUGGAGGGAAUGUUACAAGCAAGUAUCCGAGUGCUACAGAGAGAAGAGAGGAGACAGAAGUUUUGAACACUCUUAGACGUGCAAAGAGAAAAAAACUGUAUGAACCUGAACAGUAAGCCUCGGACGUCCUAGUAUGAUAGGCUGUAUAUCACAGAAUAUCUUUUUUUAUUAUUGUUGUUUUUCUUUGGCAUAUAAGAUUUAAAGCUCAUCUGUCACCUUUGACCUUUUAAAGUCAUGGCAGUUUGCAGUUUUUGCCCCUUUGUAGGGCAGCUAUGCCUGAGCACAGUUUUCUAACUCGAGGUUGAGCGGGGCCAGAGCAAAGUGCUAAAAGUUUGGUUGUUUAAGUUUUACAGGUUUUUUUUUUCAUCAUGUUUGUUUGGUUUUUUGUUGUUGUUGUUUUUUUUACAUUCGAGCAAGCGUACUGUAGUUUUUGAAAGUUAUUUUUAAAGGAGAUGCUACUAAUAAGACAUUAACACCUGUAUGUAGAGUUGCCAAGUUGUGUUAAAAAAGAGUCAAAGCUGGUUAGCUGUAAAAUAGUUUAGAGAAAGAGAACCACAUAUUUUUGCAUUGCGAUUGUUGUAUGAUUGGGUGCUGUGGGCGGGGAGCGUUGGAGAGGCGGAGUAAUGCUGGACCAGAUGUUUGUUUUUUACUGUACUGCAGCCGUUGUCGGGACAUGAUCAGGACGGACUGAAAAAUGGAUGGAGAGCUGAGGCAAACAAAACUGUGGCAGGCUCACAUCAUUUUAAGGCAAUGCGUCUGAAUGUCUGUUUAAAAAAACUGUCCUUUCAUGGAUGAAAUCUUAUUCUCCGUUGUCUUUGCAUAAUUCAGAUCAGAUUCUUUGCCAAGCCUGCAUAAACUUACACCACAAAUCGACCUAAAGUAAGUUUACUUGACCUGGUUCUAGGACCAGCUUUUCCACAAAGAAUAAGCUAUUGUUGCUUGAAUGUUUUUUUUCCUCUUUAAAACGCCACCUGGGGGCUAAAUGCAGCUACUGCAGGUUCAGAGAAUUGGUGAACGGGGGGGCUCAGAAGCUGCAGUAAGUGCCAAAACCACCAGGUGGCAGGAUCCCAAGAAGCAGUGAUCCCACAAAAGCUAUGAUUGUAAUCAAAGAGUCUCGAUCACUGUUUUUAUCCGAGCACCUUAACAGCAGGGCUGCCGGAGGCUACUGCUGCUCAUUUUACAAAUCCAAUUCAAACCUGCCAAAAUGUCCGUGAUGCCAAAUAAAAGCUGUCAGCAGAUUGAAAUGUUGCCGACAUGACUUCCAAAAGAAAAGAGCACUGCAGCCGUUUUCCUGCUUCCAUCCUCCAUCCACGAGUCACUCCACAUGUUUUUCAUUCCUGAUCUCUGUCUCGGCGUCUGAUCCACAGCAAGGAACAAAAGUGACAUGGAGAAAGUGGAGUCAUCUUUUUUCCCCUUAAAAAUAGAAAAGAAAAGCACCUUUGGGCAAGAGCUCAAUUGUUAAGGAGAGCCAAAGCCCUCUGCACCUUUCCGAGCACACUCACCGUGUCACUUCCUGUCUGUGGUUUGGAUGUCGGCAUCAGAAGAGGGACUUUUGUUGAUGUAAGGUUGACAAUUGUAGAUGUAAUGUGAGUUUUGUUUGGUUUUGUUUUUUGGGGUGGGUGGGUUGGGGGGGCUUAUUUGAAUUGUUUUUACAUUUUUGUACUUCCCUUUUUAUUUUGUAUGUUUAUUUUCUCUUGUAAAGUGUAAAAAUGAUGAUGAUCCUUCACCCAUGUGGGAAUGGAUUGCAAUGGAACGCAGGCGGGUAGGUAGGUGGGUGGGUGCGAGUUGGGUGAGAGUUACCAACGAAGGGUGAAGUCUGGUCUUGCUGAUUCAAACAGGGUUCCUACACGUAUAUGGAAGUGGAAAUGAACAAAAGAAAUCACCAAUAGAGGAACGAUCGUACAACAAGAAUUUGAUGGUUUACUGGUUUAGGGUCAAUCGAGAGUUUUGAGCUUGAAAGUAAAACCAAUUAUGUGUAUUCAAAUUAUUAAGAACUUUUUAAGAAACUGAUUUUUUUCAGAUGUACUUGAGUGUCUUUUUGGGCUAAAAAUUCCAUCCAGUAUAUCUGAUGCAUGGACACUGUAUCAUCUUUUUGACACUUGUAUUCACUUUUUGUUCAACAAAUUUUUGAUGUGCGGUCAAAAUACGAAAGGAAAAAUCCUCCCUUGUGCCAACUUUCCUACUUUGGUUUUGGUCUACUGUUUGAAAAUUUUGGCUUUAUAACUGCUAAACGAAGCCUGUGUCUGGGCUGUUAGCAAAAAUGAUGAUUCCAGUGUUUCACUGGAGCUGCCAUGAUAUGUAGAACAUUUUUAAAAAGAUAUAUACAAAUAGUUGAAAUGCUGAAAAAUAAUAUUAUUUUACAGUAACAAUAACAAUUUGACAGUCAUAAAAUUAAACGAGGCAUUAAUGCAUUAAGGUAAAAAAGUACUGUUUAGGUAGCUAGCACAAUUGUCAGUAUCUGCACUAAUGAUGCUAACAACCAAAUUCUUUUACAGUCAGGACUAUUUAACACGUAAAUACCAAACAGGGCAUUAAAAUUGCACAUGUGAUGUUAACGUUAAAUGUUAAUGUUGUGGGGAAAAAAAACUAGCUACUGUUCGCCAGCUAGCUAGCUAGCCGUAGCAUCAUUAUCUGUGCUAACAACAUAUCCUCCGCUUGGCUACCAGCUGUUUGGCAUCUCUAGUCGUUUCCAGCUUUGAGUGCACCUGUUAGUGUAAAUGUGAAGAAGUGUUUUGUGGUGCAAGAGUAAAAAAUAGAAGCUAAAUAGUUUAAAAGUAGAGUAUUAAAUAAGUUACUUCCAAGCAGGGAGAUAAUUCUCUGAUGGUUUGUCACUAUUUGAACAAAUUUGCACUAGCGCAGGUUUCAUGCUGAAAAGCAAAGUUUUCUUUCUAAACUGUAUGGAUUAUAGACUCACAAAACCAAAGUACAAAGCCAUAACAUAUUCCAGAAAGGAAAACAAAAACUGAUGGACAAAAGGCCAAAACCCCCCCAGAAGACAGAGGAUGUCUGAACACUUGAUAAGUCUAAGUUGUAGAAAUCGAGGGUGGAUUUUUCCUGUGUAGGGGCCCUGCUGAGACUGUCGACACUUUUGUUGUAUGGUUAAAAACGGGCCAAACUUGAGAACAGUGAACAGGAAGUGGACGCAAGACGAUACAAGAUUGUAAUCCUGAAGUGAAGCCUCUUGGUUUGUCUCUCGCCUUCCAUCCCUCUGCUCAGCCAGCUUUCCUCCACUUCUUCCUCGGCGUAGCGGACCUGACCUCUCUCACCCCCUCUCCCGACCUCCAAUACGGUCCUCGAGCUGCGCGAGUCUUUUUCCUGCUGUCUGCUGGUCUGUAGUCGUCUAUCAGAAACAUUUACUCUUCUCUUUCCCCAAAUCCCCACACACCAGAGACAACACACAUGCUCACAGAUGCAUAAAUAUCUAUAUAUAUACUGUAUAUGUAUACAUGGAUACAAAACAGGCAAACCUCUGAGAUGCCGAAGCUCGCACCCGCACCUGCGCACUCUCUGGAGGUGCUGCAGGACACGUGUGCGUGCGUGCGUCUUCGUGUCGCUGAUGCAGUUUUUCAAAAAAAAGAAAAAAAAAAGAAAAAGUACCAGUUUACCUCGGGAGCUCUCAGCCAUAGCAGACCUUAAUCCCCACAGAUAUCUCAGUGCUGCGAGCAGCUUCUGAACUGCUGUGGCUGCCGUUACAAAGCAGGUACAUACUUUUUUUGUUUUUCAGGAACAAACCCAGGAGCCUCAGCAGAGCGCUCUCGGGCCAUUUGAAUGCAUACAGUGCAGGGUUUUUACAGAAACGGGACACAAGCUGGGAGUCCAUGUCAACACAGUCUUACCUCAGAAUCAUGCUUCAGAAACGGGGGCGGGGCUUACAUAUGAUCAUAGCAACCGUGAAUGACUUUUUUUUUGUUUUUAAGUUUUAUUCCUUGUCUCUGGUGUUGUUGGGUGAAAAUAGUCUGCAGAUCUUUCUUUUCUCCUUUUUUUUCUUCCACUAUAAAUAUAUAAAUAUAUAAACUGUACAUUAUGACAUAGAAGCACUAUCAAAGUUUGAUUGUUAGAUGUGCACUCGCAGCAUGAGGUAUUAUUCUUUAUUAUUCUUCAUAGCCCAGAAAAAAAAGGAAAAGUGAAAUGACAGCUUUUGGAAGUUUAAAAAAAGAUAUAAAUAUAUAAAAAUAACGAAAACAAUGCAGUAGCAUCUACUGAUGUCAAAGAAAAAUACCCAACCUCACCCCACCACACACACACCUCUCCCCACAGACCUUUACCCAAGCCCUGCCCCCCUUCCCCCUGAACUCCAUACAAAUGAUUGCCCAGAUGCUCCCUCGAAUCAGCCCCCACCCCACCCUGCUCUCCUUGUACAUGCCAGUGUUUCCCUCAUGUGUUCCAAGUGCCAAUAACUUUGUGAAUUCCUAACUGUGACCCAGUAAUAAAGAUAAUUGCACAUUAACUACUGUAAAGAGAAAAAGAAACCAGACUGAUUAAAAAUGAGGAAGAAAUCUGAAUAUCUUAAUAAAAGGUUUGUAACAAACAGGACUGACCUUA